AUGGAUGAAAUUUACAAGAUCUCUUCAACUGAGAGGGUCCAGCAGUUGGAAAAGGAACUAGCAGCACAGCUGGCUGAACUGAAGACGGAAAUAGAGGGAAAUGGGGUUCUGCAGGGAUCACUGGACUGCUCUGUUCGCCUUCCAAAAGAUAUUGAUUAUUUCAGAAGAGAAAGGGAGUUGGCCUUGAAGAAGUGUUUACAGGUCGCCGAGGCAAAGCCGCUUGUAAUUCAGGCUGAUGUCCUGCAGAGGGAGGCAGAGAGCUGUCUAAAAAGAGAACAUACCCCGGAAAACUUACCUUUAUUACUGCACCAGAAACAAGUGGCUCACAUCAUGCAAGAGUACAGUGAUGCUGUUCAAAGGGCUCAGAGGCUGUCGAGCGCCAGGGAGAACUUCCUGACCGGAAAGGAAAAUCCUACCAAUUUAGUGACCCUAGAAGACCUGACCAUUUACACCCAAUGGCUAAUAUGCCACCUGCACUCACUUAAGGCCGUUCACAACUACCUCCGGGCACUCCAGUACCUGCCUAUCUCUCACAGGACAGAAGUUUCUGUUGACAGACAACCAUCCUGGAAUGAGGGAGAUGCUUUCAAGACUCCCAACAAAACAGAAUUCUUAUCUCCCAAUAUUCAGCUCCUUGUCAGGCCUCACACAUCUGUGCCACAUGGACACUUGUCAAAGGAGGCUGCCUCUGCACUUCCCCAACACAGUGCAGAAAUUGAAGAUCUGAAGCCCCAACUCAGCCUUUUGCUUUCUCAGUUUGGUAUCAGCUAUGAUGUAGAAAAUCUCAGGCAUGCUGCUAGUGAGAUGGAACUUCUUUCCAUGUUCCACAUGUAUAAGGCCCUUUGUGCUAGUUAUUCAAGGAGUUGGUGCAAAGCCGACAUCCAAACUUUUGCGGAUUAA